AUGCACAUUUCAGUGGAUUUGAAUGCUUCUUUUGCAGUGCAUGCUGGCAGUUGCGUGUGGCGGCUGUUGUCUUCUUCCGUGGCCAUGAGGAGAAGGAAGGGAGAGGGAGUGCGCAGCCCGCGUCUCCUUUCCUGCGGGUGUGGAGCACCGCGUGUGGCUGCGUUGAGUUGGGCUCCGUGUCCCAUUGAGGGCGGGAUGGCUGGAAAUUUUGUUGCCGCGUCAUGGAUGGCUGAGGGUCCACUGGCGGCUGUGGCUGGUGUGGUGGGUCCUCGCUCCGUGUGCGUUGUGUGGGCGGCCACGUGUAACACACUGAGUGAUCUUCGUCCUUCCAUUGGCGCCAUGAAAUUUUAUCCGAAGUACAUGACCGACACGGCGUGGAGCGUUCGCGUUGCCGCUCACGAAAUUGCGCAUGCACUUGGGUUCAGCCAGGAUAGUAUUGAAAGAAACAGCAUCGAAACUUUUGAAAGAAGUGUGCGUGGGACGCACCGCAGGAUGGUGGCAGGGAAUCACGUUCAGGAGAAGGCGAAAGCGCACUUUGGUUGUGACUCUCUCGAGGGCAUGGUGCUGGAGGACGAAGAUGGCCCUCGGGAAAAAGAAAUCCCUCACUGGAAGGGACGCCACGCGCGGGACGAGCUGAUGGCCCCCACAGUUGUUGCCGGCUACUACACGGCUCUGACGAUGGCGGUGUUUGCGCAUAUGGGAUACUACCGCGUGAAUUGGAGGAUGGCGGAGCCGAUGAGCUGGGGCCAUCGCAGUGGCUGCGACUUCCUGGUCAAUAAGCGCAAUACAACCAAUAAUCUUGCCGCCAAGUAUCCUCACAUGUUUUGCGAUGCUAAAGACACAGAGACGCUUCGCUGCACCUCCGACCGCCGUCACGUUGGUACGUGCACCGCAAGCAUCGUUGAGGACAAGGGGAGUCUGGUGGAUAAGGACGUUUGCCCUGUUGUUUCUUUGGAAUUUCACGAAGUCUCGUCUGGGACAACGUACAGGACGUGCUCGGACGAAAAUGUGGAUUAUCUCAGUGGGUCGCUGACUGGCGGUGGCUCGUGGUGCCUGGACGCAGAAUUACUGGAGACGAAGGACGGUGAUGGCCAUAAAAGCGUCAAGGGAGUGUGCGCGCAGGUGUCGUGUGGGGAGGGCACAGUGAGGAUGAGGCACCUCGGCAGCAGUGUUUUCCAGCCUUGCCCUGAGGACACUGACAUCCCAGUGGCGUUUAAAGAUUUUCAGAAAGGUGGGAAGAUCAAGUGCCCCACGCACGGCGAGGUGUGCACCAUUGCCGCGAACGGCAGCAGUCUUGUCGUUCCGAGUGCGUUGGUGGGUGGACAGGGUGACGAGCAAGAGAAGGAAGCAGAAGAGUCUGCGGUUGCUUCAGGGUCGCCCUCUCAGGAGGAUACUCGUCCACAGUUGUCUCGUGUGGCGUCUGGUGCCUCCAUUGAGAAGGAGCCUCCCGGUGCUUCGGCAGCGGGUGUCGCUGGUGGUGGCCUUCAUGCCGGUCCGAGGGGUGAUCCGGGGUGCGGACCGAAAGUGAGGACAACACUCAGCGGCGAGGGAGGAGACCUGGCAGUGGGAGCGAGGGAGCCAACAGAGCCUCCGGCCCCGACGCCUUCUUUGCGCCAUCGCCCGGCGAGGACGUUGCACGAGCGGAGGGCGACCCGCGGGCGGAUUGCCCAGCGGUGGUUCCCAGUGCCUCCGUGUCUGCCACUCCGAUUCCGUCCGUCAACAGCGACGAUUUUCAGGCGAUACCCGAUGCGUUGGUACAGCAGGUCGACAGUGUUGUGUGGCUGCUGCUACCGCUGGCCUCAUUCCCUUUGUGCCUCUUUUUGUGGUCGCUGUGGCGGUAGUGGUGGUGCCUCUUUGAGCAGCCGCGGCGGCUGGGCGCAAUGA